ACAGAUAUCAGUUAAGGUCUACAGUUUUUCUGCUCAGUCUCGAAUCUUGAAACAACGGUUACGGACGUUCCAUAUCACUGCACACAGCACUCGCGCUACAGAAACUAACACGGCACGGUACGGUACGGCACAGCACAACUUUGGUAGACCGCAAAUUGGACGAGGCAAAAACAAGAGUGUAAAAAGUGUUGCGUUAGACGCAAAUUGCUCUAGGGCAGUAGCGAUUGCUGUCAAUUGCGAAUAUUGUUGCAAUGGCACCGCUCUAGUGCCCAACAACGACAACAACAACAACCAGUGGCAGAAACAAAAUAUUAAAUCAAGUGUAUCGCUGAUCAGAAAUUAAUUAAUUCGACCGAGAGAAGAUACCUGCCGAAUGACAACAACAUUGACAAAAGAAAGAAAUACCUACAGCAAAAAAAAAAAAAAAAAAAAAAAAAAAAAACUAAAACAAAUAAGUGAGAAGAAUAUCAAAACAAAAGAAGCGUGACGAAUCGAUUUAUCUUCUUUUAUACGAUCCGAUCUUUCGUCAAUGAGCAUUGUGCGGAUCGGCCAAUUCUGAAUUCAUUGAAAUUGCAAUUUGGGUGCGCAGAGAGCGGAAGAUCGAAUCUAUUGAAUUGUAGCAGAGAUCUAUCGAAGCCGAAAAGGGCUAAAAGAUCGGUCGAUCGGUUUGAUAAUUUAUUAAUUUCCUAUGGUCUGUGGUGAAUGAGAGAAGAGACAGAGAGGUAAUUGGAACACCCUAAUGUAACGAUUGUUAGACCAAUAUGAAUCGUUAUCAAUUUUAAUUCCCGUGCUAAAAAUACUCGUAAACAUAUCACAAAUCGUAUUGAAAGUGACCCAGUGUACGUACGAACAAAUUAAAAGAACAAAACAAAAUAUAGAGCACAUGGUCAAAUGUGAUUGAGAUUUGCAACAACAACAACAGCAAACACAAAACAAAACAAAAAGUCAACUACGACGACGACGACGACAAAAACAACGGCCAAAACAAUCACGGCUAAGGAGCACGUCAUACAACGUCACUGUUCCUCAGCGUGUGAGAAGAAGAAACACAAAGCGAGCAGACAGAGAAUGAAAACCCCCCAAAUAACAAGUUUCUUUAUUGUUUGUUAAUCAAUCGCGAGCGAGAGAGCGGGGGUUCGUUACGGCUGAUAACAACGAGCGUUGAAAAACACCGCAAAUCAAUUGCUUGAGCUUCAAACACUAAUGAGUGCCGCUUUUUGGCGCAAUUUAAAUUUGAAACGCUGAUUUGAGAAACACCUCGUCAUAAAAUGCCAACAAAACGAAAUGCCAGGCGCAACAGCAGUAAUGCGCUGGAGGAAGAAGUCCUUGAACUCUUGGGUGGACUGGCGGCAAAGAACACAUUUCACACAGCCAAUGGGGAGAACAAGAUUACAGCGCACAACUGGAAAAUGCCAACUAGCCAGCCGUCCUCGUUGGAGCACGAUGAUGACAGCACAAAUCCCAACAAGACUUCCAAUCAGGCGGACAAUGACCAAAAGAAUUCCACAACAACGGGACCCAAUGAAUCGAACCUAAGCAAACGGGGUUCACAGUCACACAAUGCCGAAGAACACAGAGGGUCCGCGGGAAGCACUGCCAUAACGCAACACAGGAACAGUGGGUCGAGAGACUCGAACGGCGGCAAGGCCGUAGACCUCUACAUACGGGGUCCCGAUGGCGGAGGAGGUGGCGGCGGAGGCGGAAGCGACAGUGUCGAAGAUGCUGGCGAAGAGACUGAUGUUAUUGGCGAUCUGGUUGGUCAUUUCGGCAAGUGGCAGUUCCUGAUGACCAUACUGCUGUCGCUGUUCCAAGUACCCAACACCUUUCACAUAUCGUCGUCCAUAUACCAAGCGGCCAGCAAGGAUUUCUGGUGCAAACGACCCACUCACCUGCAGCACUUGCCCGUGGACGUGUGGCGCAACCUGAGCAAUUCCAAUGACAAUUGCUUUCAGAAUCUGGUGGACUGGGGAGGCAUUAGCAACGAAACCAUGCAGCAAUUGCAACAGCAAGGAUCCGUAUUCAAGAGUUUCAUUGGCAACAAUGAGACACGGCGAGCCUGCUCAGCCUGGGAAUAUGCCGUCGACGAUAACGUGGGGAACAGUUGGACCUCCCAGUGGGACCUGGUGUGCGACAAGGAGUAUUUGAAAAAUGUGGCCGAAAUGUUUUUCCUGUUGGGUGUGGCAACGGGUGGCAUCAUCUCCGGUUAUCUUUCUGACAAAUUCGGCCGCAAGACCAUGCUCUUCAUAUCGGCUGUGCUGCAGACCAUAUUCGGAUUGGCAUUGUACUUCCCCCAUUCAUUCGAAUUCUAUAUAACGCUCAGAGCCCUACUGGGUCUGGUAUCAGUGUCCGUAACCUAUUCGGGCCUGAUAUUAGCCAUUGAAUAUGUUGAUGGCAAAUGGCGUACCAUAGCCGGCAUGUAUAACCUGUUUCCACUGCCAAUAUCAUACAUGGCUAUAUCCGGUAUCGCCUAUCUGACGCAGGAUUAUCAGCGGCUUCAGUUGUGCAUUGGAAUACCGGGCAUUUUCCUUUGUUUUUUGUGGUUCGUAGUGCCUGAAUCGCCACGCUGGCUGCUUGUCAAGGGACGCAUCGACGAAGUAAAACAAAUUGUGGAAGCCGCAGCCCACUUCAAUAAACGUGACUUGCCCAGCGACUAUGAGACGCUGCUGAAACCACCGCCCCAGGAGGAGAACUCCCAGGACUUCUUUUACUUGUUCAAAUCACGCUACCUGAGGCGAAUUACGAUUUGUUUCCUUUGCAUUUGGUUCACCAUGAAUUUGGCCUACUAUGGCUUCAUCCUGAACAUGAACACGUUUGGUGGCAAUGUUUAUUUGAAUUCGGCUCUAGCUGGCCUGGUCGAGAUACCCGCCAUUGCAAUUGCCAUGUACAUCAUCUCGAAGGUGGGUAAGAAGUGGCUCUUCAGCGGUACUCUAAUUUGUGCUGGCAUUGCCUGCUGUUGUGCAGCCAUCACCGAGGGCAAGGAGGACAUUUUGUGGUUGAAAAUCACUUUUAUUAUGAUAGGGAAAUUCACAAUAAGUGCUGGCAACACAAUUAUGCCCGUUUACACAGCCGAAUUGUACCCGACCGCCAUACGUAAUGUGGGUGUGGGAGCUUGUAAUGUGGCUGCUGGCCUGGCUCUAAUAUUGACGCCGUAUUUAUCGCUCUUGAAUAAAAUCGAAGAUCAUUUACUGAUGUCACUUCUAACCGCUUGGUGUUUAUUUGGCGGAUUUGUGGUUCUCUUCUUGCCGGAAACAAUGAAACAGCACGCAGCUAACACAAAAACCAAGGAAGAAAAAUGUUAGAAUAACAGCGGCGGCACCAGUAGCAGCAGCUGCAAAAUGAAGCAAUUCAUAUUUUCCAGUAUAGCACGACUUGCUCGGAUUUUGGCUGGUCCAGAAUAUUUUUCAAUGGCUUUUACACAUUUGAAACGCGCCCCGCAACCUUUUUUCGUUAUCGUUAUCGUCAUCAUACAUACAACAUUUGCAUAUCAACCUAUUUACAUACAUACAUACACAUCAACAUAUGUACAUGUGUAAGUCUGUUACUCGCUCAUAUAUUUGUUACUAUAAUAGAAGAAUUCCUUAGAUUUUGAUUUUGUUAAUCGCAAAACCGCAAACAGGCAGGACCUUUAAGUUAAACAUUCGCAAACACAAACUUAUGCCCAAGUCGGAGGACUUUGAUCAUAUCGUAAAUUUGUCAAUUGUUAUGUAAGAUGGAAACCACUCCCACUCCCCCAACCCCAACCCCAACCCCAACCCCAACCAAAACACGUACACACGCUCACACCUAGAUUGUUGUAAAGAUAUUUUGAAUUAAUUAAGUAUUUAUAUACAUACAUGUAUAUAUAGUACUCAUUUAUACAUAUGUAUUUACAUAAACACAUAUACACACACGCAUAUAUAUUCAUGCAGACAAAGCGAUUAUUAGUAGAUAUUUUAAAAGGAAAAUGAAAUGAAAUUGAAAAGCCCAAAACCCAAAUACAUUUAGUCUGUAGUCAAUUAUUUACUAAGUGUUCCAAAACACCACACACCCACCCACCCACACAAUCAAAACAAAAACUACAAUUUAUAGAAGAAGCAGGAAUAAUGUUGUAUUUGUCAAUUAAUCCAAGAAGAAUAACAACAACAAUAAUACACCCACAUACAUACAUGCAUAGAUAGAUGUGUAUUAACAACUCAAUUCAACUCGAAUCAAUUCUAAUGAAAGAGAAAAACCAAAACAAACCUAAUAUUUAUUAUUGUGCAUUUCCUUUUGUUUCUAAUAUAUUUUUUUUUAUAAUAAUGUAAUCUUAAAUCGUAUAUAUAUAGAUAUUUGAAAAAAAAAACAACCUGACAGGUCACAAUACAUACAUCUAUUCAUAAGUGAUGCGGUGCUACUGCCAUGCAAAAAUGAAGAAUAGUCAGGAAGACAUAGGAGAAGAGAGGAAUGUCCUCUAUUCACACACACACAUACUUUUUUGGUGGCAUCGUGUAGUUGUUAGUCAAUUGGAAAAUGAAAAGCAAAGCAAAAAAUCAAAACGUGAAAUACAAUUUGAAUGUUGUUAACAAAAAAAAAAAAGAAAAAGAAAACUAAACUAAUCAGAUCUUCGAACGUUGUUGUGUUGUAUUUGUCGUAUUGUUAUUGUAAAGUAUUGUAACAACAUAUGGAUGUUGCUUGGCACAAACACACACACACAACAACCCACAAAUUUAUCUAAUUAUAAAAAAAAAUUACAAUGUACUUAAGAAAUACAAAAAUAUAUAUAUCUGACAUUCUAUAGAGAUAUAUAUA